CCCUCACGCUGCCUAAAAAGCGCGUGGUCAAUCACACGAGCGCACGAUUUCAAACGGAAGCAGAGAGUUCUUACGAACCUCGUCAAACUCAGUUCACUUCACUCUACGUUUCCUCUCCCACACUCCCAAAAUGGCUCCCCUCUUCCUCCUACUCCUCCUCUCCUCCGCCUUCACCUCCACCGCCACCACCGUAUACCCUUCCAUCCCCGGCACGGAUUCCACCACCGACUGUGGCCUCUCGGGAGGAGACGAGAAUCUGAUUCCCAUCCGUCGCGAAGUCUACGGUAAUGGCCGAAUAUUCGACAUCAGCCAUAGGUACACCGCCGACAUGCCGUCGUGGGAAUCCAAAGAUGGCAUAGGACAGUUCCUUUGGUUGCCUAAAAGCAUGAAGAACGGUUCCCUCGCUAAUAAUUCCGAGAUGAAGCUUCCCACUCACACCGGCACGCACCUCGACGCUCCCGGCCACGUCAUUGAUCGGUACUUCGAUGCCGGCUUCGAUGUGGACACUCUUGAUUUGGAAGUACUUAACGGUCCUGCACUGCUGGUAGAUGUUCCAAGGGACAAAAAUAUAACCGCUGAGGUUAUGGAGUCUUUCAAAAUACUUAAGGGAGUACGUAGAGUUCUUUUCAGAACAUUAAAUACCGACAGGCGGCUAAUGUUUAAGAAAGAGUUUGAUACAAGCUAUGUGGGAUUUAUGAAGGAUGGGGCAGAAUGGUUGGUUAAAAACACUGACAUCAAAUUUGUUGGAAUUGAUUACUUAUCUGUUGCUGCUUUUGAUGAUCUGAUUCCAUCUCAUCUUGUUUUCUUAGAAGGCCGGGAUAUCAUUCUUGUGGAAGGCCUAAAACUUGAUGACAUCCUACCUGGGAUAUAUUCGGUUCAUUGCUUACCUUUAAGGUUGCUUGGUGCUGAAGGAUCGCCAACAAGAUGCAUUCUCAUCAAAUGAUAUAUAUUCCUUGCUUAACUUCUUCAAAUGCUACAUGCUUAACUGCUUCUUAUGUUAGGGUAAAAUGAUAGCGCUAAGGGAUAGUGUUGAUCGGAAUAAGACAAAUAAAGGGUUUAUGAGUUAGAACUGAAGGCUGUUCCAUACUUGUAGAGAGGAUGCAGUGCAGAAAUUUAGUUGCAUGGAAGCACACUUUUCUUGUAGUACAUCUGUUUAGCUUUUUGAUUGAUGACAUUAGUAACAUACACUUAUUUGGUAUUGUUUCUGAAUAUCAUGGCUAGAUUUGGUCACUGCUUGCAAUUGUUGGCAAUGAUGUCUAUCAGUCUUCUUGACAUCCCGAAGUAAUUUUGACAGAUCCAUAAUUGGAAAAGCCA